UCAAAGAGUCUAACAGUUGACGAGAACACAAAUCCACGCAGUCAUCUGUGAUUUGCCAAUUUUAAAUUUAGUCUAUGGGUACUCGUUUUGCAUAACACAGCUAGUCUGUCAUUCUUCACUGUGUAACGAAUUUUCUAGAUAUACAUAUCACUUUCGAUGGAUUUAAAGCAUCAAUUAAUUCAAUGAACAAAAAAAUUCCUAAGGUAUGUUUAUACCAGAUGCUUUAAGAGGCUGUAUGAUCGAGACGGACGUAUCUUCUUAUUUGCAAACAUCAUCAUCGGGACAGGAUGAAUUUCACCCUUUUAUUGAGGCACUCUUACCGUACGUCAAAUCAUUUUCCUACUCUUGGUUUAAUUUGCAAGCCGCUAAACGAAAGUAUUAUAAGAAACACGAAAAACGUAUGUCAUUGGAAGAGGAAAGGCACUGUAAGGAUGAACUGCAGAAUGAAAAAACUGAGGUGAAGCAAAAGUGGGCUUCCCGUCUUCUUGGAAAACUCAGAAAAGAUAUUACACAAGAAAGUCGAGAGGAUUUUGUGCAAUCAAUAAUCGGAAAACGGAAAUCAAUAUGUGUUCUUUCGAACCCAGAUCAGAAGGGAAAAAUGAGACGCAUAGACUGCUUACGGCAGGCUGACAAAGUAUGGCGACUUGACUUAGUAAUGGUUAUACUCUUCAAAGCGAUUCCUCUAGAAAGCACAGAUGGCGAGCGGUUAGAAAAAAAUCCAGAAUGCUUACAUCCAGGAUUAUGUGUAAAUCCGUACCACAUCAAUGUUUCCGUUCGAGAAUUGGACUUGUACUUGGCCAACUUUAUAAACACUCAUAAUUCAGUUUCCAAUACAAAUUCAAGUUUUUCGACUACUCCGGGUGUUAGAUCACCACACUUGGGUAUAUAUAAUCGAAAUGAUCUGUCAGAUAGAAAAGAAGAGGUCAUUGACAUGAAAAAUGAGAACGUUAGACAAAAUCCAUAUAAUGGAGUAGUUUGUAAUGAUAUCAUUUUAGCGACCGGAGUUUUUUCAUCCCAAGAACUGUGGACUUUAUCCAAAGAUUUAAUUUUAGAUGAAGCAAACGAUAGUAGCCUGAACUCGAAUCUUAUUAAAAGGGAGAAUGUUGGAGCUGCCUAUGAGUGCAAUACAUAUCAAAUUAACACUGAAUCUUCAGCUUCUGCCGCCCAGAGUAUUGUUCAAUCUGGAGCAAUUGUGGCCAAUCCAAUUCCACUGGGUUAUAGUAUUGACUUUAUAGAUCAGAGGAGUAUGCAUUUAUCACAAAGUCCGUUGUUACGUACAGAAGGCACAAACGGCGAUGUGCAUGCUGCUAAUAAAAUCGAUCAAAGCAACUCACCGCCCAUCACGAGUACUCCAUCAGACAAUAAUAAUAGUAGUUUUUCACUAAUCGUAAGAGCUAGUGAUAGCUCUAACAGCGAUCCAAAAACAUCGGCAGACCCAACCAUUUCGCUGCACCGCUAUACGUCUCUUAACAGUAGGACACUUCCCCAAGCUUUACCACAACAUAACUGCUCAACAUUAAACACGACUUCCACCAGUCCGAUUAGUUCUUUAUAUUACCCUCAACAUAAUAAUCCGCGACCAUCUCAAACCACUUCCGAUGAGGAACAAAAUCGUAUUGGCUCCGAUAAAUAUUCAACGGAGCCUCAAGAUAUUUCAGACUUUGUCACAUAUGUUUGUCAAGACUCUAGUCACACGACAACAAUAACAGGAUCUGUUGAAAACCAUCAGUUUCAACACUCCCAUACACUUCCACAUUCACACGUAUCGCAAGGUCAUUCGCCCCAUUUUCAAAUCCAUCAGCAGCUACGAACUGCAAAAUUGGCGACAUCGCCGUCAACUCACUAUCACAGUACAAUGCUUCCGCCGAUGCUACCUCCGAUGGCUCGACCUGUAGCUAUAAUUCGCAGCAGCAGUGAUCUAACACUAGUCCAAUCACCACCUCCUUCGUUGCCGCUGACAAUCCAAUCUCCAAACUUGAGCAACAACAACUGUACAGCGAAAAAUAGCUUGGAACCGGAUAAUAUUAGACUUGCAAGUACUCUAGACAACAGCAAUAGUCCCAAUAGCACAGAUGUUGUGGCACAUCACGAAAUAGCAGGAACCGCAUCUCCUCUACCGCCGCUCAACACGCCGGCCUCAGCAAGCCCCCAUUCUUACCUUGAUCCAGGUCGAUGUAAACUUUUAUCAGGCUCCAACAUAAGCAGAAUUACAACGCAAAUGUAUCCCCCAUCAAAUAACAGAGAAUAUUUUAAUCACUUCCAUUCGCAACCUACAUCGCUUUUGGGAUAUGCCGGCUCCAUUUCCACAAUGUCUGGUGUUAUAAGUCCAACAGAUUUGAGUCUUUACUCAGCUCCAAUGGCUGUAACAAGAUCAAGUACCAGGACAAGAUGGAACGAAGAGGAGCACAACGUAAUUCCACAUUCUGCAUCUAGUACAAAUAUAGAAAAUACCCAGGUUAUAUUAAUGGAAGAUUAACUCAUUUCAGCGUCUGGACGUUAUAUAGAUGAAUAUUCAAAUCGUGACUAUGUAUCAUGAUCUAAGCUCAAUGAAAUAAAAGUAAUUAAACUCUUCGGCUUGGGCAUGCCAAAAUAUUGAUAGGAGAACCAAUAAUUAAUUAGGAGUACCUUAAACAGUAACAGUAUAUAAUAAUACAAAAAGUUUUAAGUUUCUGUAAAUGCUUUGUAUUUACUUGAAAUACUGCAAAUGAAACGACUAUAUAAUGAGACUGGUAUAACCGAAUAUAUUUAUACCCGUAACAAAGAGAGAAAAGUAAACAAGAAUGAAAUAUCUGCAUUAAUAGCUCGAGCCGGUGUAUUCGUUUCAAAAAGUUAACAGGAUCUCAUUUCGUUUUAUUUUUUUAAUUAAUUCAAUAUAUUAUAUUAUAAAAAAUAAAAUUGUAAAACAUUUA